GUGCCUUGCAUCAGCGAAUACCAGUGUUAAGUGUCCGCAUCAUUAUCAGGCCCUGGCUGACAGAUGAUCAAAACCUAGCCUCCAAAGCCGGCUGGCUGAGAUCGGCUGUACGAAAUCCCUGUAUAUCUUUGCCGACAAACUCAUUCACCUUUACCCGUCCCUCUUCCUCACGACGUGUACGCUAUGGAGUCGCCCAUUCCUGGUCUCCCACCCAUCCCCGGUGUUCCACCUGGCGCCUUGCCCGAUAUACCUGCCCUUCUUGGGCCUAUCGCGAUUACAGCAUGUAUUGCCCUCUUAAUAUACGGCGUGACAGUCGUUCAAGCAUAUGCAUACGUGCUGAACUAUAAAAAGGAUGAUACAUGGGUGAAGAGCUUGGUAUAUGGGGUGGCGUUCUUCGAAACGGUACAUACCGCUGUCAUUCUUGCACUGUACUGGGAUACUUUCAUUCACUUCCGUGAGGACCUCCUUGCCAUUGUGCACAUUCCUUGGACUGUCCCGACCGUAUUCUUGAUCAAUUGCGGUAUUACCAUACUUGUACAAGGGUUCUACAUUCGACGCAUAUGGAUCCUUAGCAAUCGGUCCCUUGCUUUACUUAUCCUCCUGAUCACUAUUCUUACGCUUCGAAUUGGAUUUGCUAUCGCAACGUUCGCGUUCUUCGUAAAGCUCGACACCUGGCAGUCUUUCCGAGACCAGACAGGCCCUUUAGUUACCAUCAGCACCGGGCUUGGUCUCGCUGUACUCAUGGAUAUGUGUGUCGCUGGCCUUCUCAUCUACUACCUUGUUCGCGGACGUUCAGGUCUUCGCAGGACCGAUGGGAUUAUUAGCUUCCUCAUCGCUUAUUCCGUUAAUACAGGUCUUCUCAGCAUGGCUGUUUCAAUCGCUAUUGUGUUCACGUUCGCCUUUAUGAAAGAAAGUCUAAUUUUCGCAGGGCUAAAUCUCAUUGCUGGCAAAUUAUAUGCCAAUUCGCUACUCGGUACCCUGAAUGCACGACAGGUUCUGCGGGCCCAAUCUUCUCGCAAGGCGCAUAUCACUAUGCCCGAUAGUCAUCGAGUGAUCCUUCCGGGGGAACAUUCAAGAUCUGUCCAAUUCACCUCGAAAGUUAGUUCACUGCCAGAUACUGUGGUGAACGUCAAGACCGACGUUGAGUCCAAAUACGCCUGAACUGUCAUACUUAUCACAGUGAAACACCUUCCUUCAUGUCGACGGACUAUACAUGGCUGACUAAGUUAUUGCUAUUUUCUGUAUUGUGGCUGAAUCCCACUUCACAGUUGUCAUUUCUUUCACAUCUUCGGAUUCGUUUUCAUGUAUGCCUAACGAUGUGCUUCUUAAACAACGGACUCAGUAAUUCAAGUCGUGCAUCCUCUUAUAUCUCUGUCACCUCAUGAAUAUGAUUUCGCGAACC